GUUAGUAUCUCAUAUCCUGAAUAGAUUGACGGGCAUAUUUUCAGCUAUCGGUCUUUCACUUGCUGCUCAAAGGGCAUGGAAAAUACAUCUUCGAUUGAGGAAAUAGAAUUCGGCGAAAAAAUCGGAGAAGGUUCGUAUGGCGAAGUGCGGAAGGCCGUGUGGAAAGGCAAGCAAGUUGCUGCUAAACGGAUUCUACCAAUCCUCGUUAUGGAGGACUACGAUGACAUUCAAACGAAAGCUGUGUUAGACAAGUUUGAGAGGGAAUGGAAAAUUCUCUGCAGCAUUCAGCAUGAGAAUAUUGUGCGGUAUUACACUGUUAUUUUACCACCUCCUCCAGAGAGUCCCAUCAUUGUCACAGAGUUGCUAGAGUGCGAUUUGGCCAAGCACAUUCGGGAAUCUAAACCAAAGGUGCCUUUCUCAGACUUAAUCAAAAUCAUGCUGGACGUCGCAGAAGGUUUACAUUACAUUCAUUCUCUAAAAGAACCGAUUGUACAUCGUGACUUGGCGAGCAAAAAUGUAUUGUUGACGAAAUCCUUGCGUGCAAAGAUUGCAGAUUUGGGUCAAGCAAAAGUGUUUCCUCGAGCUGCAAUGUACGCGACCGCCAUGCCGGGAACACCCGUGUAUGCCGCUCCCGAGACGUAUCCAAUGGGGCAAGGAGGACUACCGAGGGGUCAUGAAGCAAGAUACACCGUAAAAAUCGACAUAUUCUCAUUUGGAGCCAUGCUGCUGGAGAUCUGUAUUGGUCAUCUACCUGUGGAUAAUUUGCCUGAUCCGGUUCUUGAAGACGGGAAAAUAGUCCCAGAGUACAUACGCCGUCACGAGGACCUGGAAGAGCUGGGUCCGAGCCACCCUCUACGCAACCUUGUUUUGCAGUGCUUGGAAAACUCUCCCGAGAAAAGACCCAGUGCAGGUGAGAUUAAAGAUAAACUCAGCAAAGCUGCGAGUGGAACAUUAUCAGGUAGCCCGUUUGACGAUAGGGAUGCUGGUAUGUCCCAUAAUCAUUACGAUCACAAGUUUAAGCUUGUCGUACUUGGCGAGUCAAGUGUAGGCAAGACCUCUAUCGUGGCCCGAUUCCUGAAUGCAAACAAACAGCUUUCUGAGAUAUCAUUUACAAGAAACGUCGAGUCUGAAGAUCACUUUGUGCGACUGCGUCUCCGUGAUACUGAUAAGUCAGUCCAUCUUCACAUCGUCGAUGUAGGCGGUCACAGGUCAACCAAAGCCUCCAGCUUAGCGCCUCAGAUUUUUCGCCGCGCUCGGGGCGCGGUUAUAGCCUUCGACCUCCUCUCUGAAUUAUCUUUCUCGGAAGUGCCGAAUUGGGUGAAAGUCGUCAGGGAGAGGUGCUUUGAAGGAAUUCCCAUCCUAUUAGUUGGAAACAAAAAUGACGAGUUGGAGAAAAAGGUUGAUUCGCAAAGAGUGGAGCAAUUUGCCAAAAGAGAGAGUGUGUUUUACACAGAGGCUAGUGCCAAAUCUGGAAAGAACAUCGAUGAAAUAUUCUCUGUCCUCACGGACUUAAUGAUUGAAUGCGAAGACAAAAACGAAGGUGUAGCUAUGACUAGCGAUCUUAUGGUUUCUUUACGAGAGACCCUUUCUGGCAGGGAUGCCAGCCAGGAGAAGUCCCCAAUCGCCGAACGCUACCUUACCCCUCGUCACGAGGCCCUCGAUCCGGGAGUCAUUUUGCUGAACGAUAAAAAGGAAAAAGGAGGGACGAUGGAGCAAGACGAUAACGGAAGGAAAAGCAAAUCACGGUGUUGUUUGUUGGGCUAAAGUGACUGUGGACGAUGUUAGACAUGGAAGAACAUAAGAUUCGCCGGUUUUGAAGGUCUCUUAUUUAGGGGUUACAAGAUUAUGACAGUUUUUAUUAUUAUUCAAUGUCAUCUUUACUGCAUACAACUUUGUUUCAUGUUUAUUCUGAUGGUAGAAUGGUAAUCUUUACUCCCGCAAUUUGUACUUCCAGUAUAAAAUCCACAAUCAGUCCCUUGAAACACUGUUGCCCCAAAGUUGUAGAUCUAGUGAUUCUAGAUGAAGUGUCCGCCUUCAAACCCAAGUGUCUGGUUUUGUACGAUUUUAGACACUAGUAUCAGAUUUAAGCACUAAUGUCAGAUUUUAGACACUAGUGCCUGAUCUUAAUCACUUCUGCUCAUUUUAGAUACAAGUGUCCCGUUUUUGACACAAGUGGCCGAUUUUAGAUGUUUAACUCUAGUUUCCAAUUUUGGAUACUAGUGCCCGAUUUUAAACGCCAGUGUACUAUGUUAGAUACUAGUGUACGAUUUUAAACAUUAGUUUUUUAUUAUAGAUGGUAGUGUCCGAUUUUAGACACUAUUUUGAACACUCGGGUCUUAUCUAGGACACUAGUGUUCAAUACUAGACACAAUAUUGUCGGAUUUUAGACACGAGUGUCCGAUUUGAAACUCGAGUGUCCGAUUUUAGACUUUUAAAAUGUCUUAUUUUAGAGAGUACUGUCCGAUGUGAAAAUGACCGUAGACACCCGAAAGGUACAAAAUUGUAACGAAUAAAAUUGUUAGUAAAAGUUUUGUACCGUUUAGGAUGCCUACGGUCAUUUUCACAUGCCCACAAAGAUCAAUGAUCUCCUCGGCCCGUCAAAGAAAGAAAAAAGGUUUAUAAACAUGCAAAUUUAUAAGAGUUUGUGAACUUUUCUUGCUCUGUUUCUCCCACAGACCGCGCGAAACGUGUACCUUGAGAGAUCUAGUACAGGGUUGGCGAAUCCCAGUAUUUAUUCGGACACAGCAUUAGCAAAGUCGCGUAUCAUAUACAUGUUUGUAUCGUGGAAAUGAUUAAAUAUCAUAAUGUUCAA